AUGGCAGUCGCGGCAGUCGGCGGCGGCGGCACCGGCGCGUCCCUCGCCGCCGCAUUUCCUCUGAUCCACCGCGGCGGCAAGGCGGACCAGCCGCACGAGUGCCGCAUGUGCGGCAAGGUGUUCGCCACGGGGGUGGCGCUCGGCGGUAACAUGAGGGUGCACUACACCGGCCCGCCUAUCGUGCCCACCAGGAAGAACAAGAAGAGGUGCCUCGCGCCCCCGCCGCCUCCGACGCCCGCGGAGGGAGGCAUCGCGGUCGCGGCGGCGCCACCGGAGGCGGCGGUGGGACUCUCGCUCGCGCUGUCGAUCAAGGCGGAGGAAAACAUCGCGGCGGCGCCCCCGGUGGCGGCGGCAGGACUCUCGCUCGCGCUGUCGAUCAAGGCGGAAGAAGAGCCGCCGUCGACGCCGCCUGCUGCGACAGCCGGAGGAGCUGUUAGAGCGGUGCGUCUCUUUGGCAUUGAUAUUAGCCCGCAAGUGCAGCAGGCGCCAUUGCAGCAGGGCUCCGGCGGCACGACGGAGGAUUCUUCGUCCACCGGUCAGCAACAACAUUAG